AUGUCGCAGAUUAACGAACAAGCAAAUGGGGUACCUUUUGAUGGAGGUUGUGACAGUGAGCUGGAGACCAGGGGUCUUUGCCUGCUAUCGCUGGACGGCGGAGGCGUGCGUGGACUCUCGACUCUCUACAUCCUUAGGGGCUUGAUGCAGCGACUCAACGACGAACGCGAAGAGUCGAACCUACCACGCGUGAAGCCAUGCGACAUUUUCGACCUCAUUGGGGGUACCAGUACAGGCGGAUUGAUCGCGAUCAUGCUGGGGCGACUUGAAAUGGACGUCGACGAAUGCAUUGCGGCAUAUAAAACUCUGAUGAAGACGGUGUUCGAGAAGAAGCGAAGCCUUUUCUCGGUGGGACUGACAGGCAACAUUAAGGCUCGAUUCUCUUCCAAGGCGCUCGAAAGGGCAAUCAAAUCGGUGAUCGAGGCUCGCGGAAUUCCGGUCGAUGAUCCAUUUUACGUCAAAGUGGAGGAUGAACAGUUGCGCAAGUGCAAAGUAUUCGUUUGUGUUAAGGCAAAGGAGACAAACCACAUCAGCCGUCUGCGGGCGUAUCGCCUUCGUGGUCGAUCUCCUGACACGUUUACGAUAUGGGAGGCCGCACUUGCUACCUCAGCCGCCCCAACAUUUUUUGAUCCUGUGCAAAUUGGCGAUCGUACUUACGUGGAUGGUGCGAUGGGGGCCAACAACCCUUCAUUUGAAGUAGAGAAAGAAGCAUCGAAUAUCUGGUGUGAAGUUUCCGGUAGGCUGGAGCCACUGGUGAAAAUGUUCAUCUCUGUUGGCACAGGAAAUCCAGGGAUCAAUCCCGUGAGUGAUCGCGCGUGGAAGUUUGUAUCUGAGAGCAUAGUCAAAGUCGCAACCGAAACAACCGAGACAGAGGAGAUGUUCUCAAGUCGCUGGAGAGGCCACCUAGACGCUCGAUAUUUUCGCUUCAAUGUUGAGCAGGGGCUUCAAAAUCUUGGUAUGGCAGAGUACCAGCAGUUUUCGCUGAUCUCAGCUGCCACCGAUGAAUAUUUGGAGAGUGGCAAGACUGGUCCUAGAGUCCGGACCUGCGUUCUCAAUCUGAGAAACAAAAGUACUGCAGACUCACCUAACGAGGACUUUUGCUUAGAGCAGGCGGCAGCCCAAGAGAGAGAGGAUCAGAAUAAGCACCGAGAAACCCAAUCCAUCACUGCAACAGAAAUAUCAGAAUUGAUAGGACGAGGCAAUGCCAGUCUGGCUCGUAACCAGCACUCGAACAGUCACAAGGACCUAGUGGACGCGUACAACAAUUUCGCUCGAGCGUUGCGUGCGAAGCGACAACAAGUUCCUCCACCAUCCGCAAAGGACCUGGCUCGGACAUACCAAAAAUUGAUGUCCACUUGCCUCAGGCUGAGCUAUUAUCUUGAUUUCCCAGCGUCAAAGCGCGUAACCUAUGUCAGUGAGGCCGAGAAGUUCGGGAAAUACGCAUUGGAGAAUGCGAUCAAGUCGCAGAACGAUGGCAGGGUCGCACAAAUGCAAUUCUAUCUUGCGUGUGUCAAGGCUCGAGAAAUUCAGCUGCGAAUGGAUAGUGAGGGUUUGAUUCGAUCCACGGCCCAGCUUCCGGAAAAGGAGGCUGCACUGACUUCCCUCAGAGGGGCGUUGUUGUAUCUCCGUACGAUAGGGAGUGUUGACAUGUCGGUAUAUGAAGCAAUGGCUGACGAAUAUUUACCAUAUCUAGGAGACGGAGAUUCUGCUCGUGUUGCAAGUUAG